GCUUUUGAUUCGUCUUGAAUGAAAUCCUUCGCUUUCAGGAUGAUUACGGGCAUUUUCUCCCUUUAACGACUGAGAGGAGAUACAACAGCUCAGUGAUCCUGGAGGGGGUUAGAUGGGAUGGAUAGCAAAGGUAGCUCUUUGCCUUCAAUGCCCGAACCAGCCAACCCCAUCAGCAUGAAGCAGCCGCCAGAGUCCCUCAGUGUCCGGAAAGGUGGUGGGGACAUGAGCAGUGACCCUGCUCUGCUAAUGGAUAAAGCUGCUGCCCAGCUGGCCGCCACACUACAAGACAGUGUCCUUCAGAAGAUGGCUGGACACAGUCAUAACAACCACAGCCACGAGAGGCUCAAAGAUCUCACAUCCCGUGUGUUAAAUGGGGACCAAGAUGCGCUGCCUAAGCUCUGUGCUCCAGAACCACCGAUGCUUAAGGGCGCUGAAGCCCCUGCUACAAAUGGCAUGCAUCAGCACAACUGCAGUCCUCACACCGAACAUGAACUGAAGGUGACAAUACCUCAGGUGGUCCAGCAGCCGCUGUUUGAGCCAUGUUGUGCCAAUGGGACCAUUUUGGACACUGAAGGUACUGUAACUGGACCAGAGAUGAGACAGGAUGUGAAGAAAAGGAAGGGGAGACUUCACAAGCCAAACCUCAGUGUCUCAGCCCUCCCUGUGGAGCCACUUGACCACACAGAUGCUGGAGAUGAAACCGCAGCAGCUGAAGAGCAUGAGCUCAUCCCUGAGUUGAAGGAGGAGGCUGUAGAAGAGUCCCCUCCGCUGAUCCGCUUUUCUGUUGGUGAUCUGGUUUGGACCAAGGUUUCAGGAUACCCCUGGUGGCCUUGCAUGGUGACCACAGACCCAGAAUUUAACAAUCACUUCAAACAGAAACAGAAAGCAGUCAACAGCAGGUCGGGCCCCCUUUACCAUGUGCAGUAUUUUGGAGAUGCCCCAGAGAGAGGCUAUAUCUUUGAGAAGAACAUGGUGUUUUUCACUGGAGAGGAUCAAUACCAGGAGCUUAGCCAGGGCAACAAACAGCCAGCCUCCCGCGUCAUCCACAAAAAGACGGCGCCCUCUGUGCCCCGCAAACUCCAGGCCCAGUGGAACAUGGGUGUCAUUCAGGCGAAGGAGGCCCUCAGCAUGUCACUGGAGGAGCGCAUGGGUAAUUUCACAUUUGCGUAUGACGACGAGGGGCCUCACCUGAACCCCCGCAUCCUGGAGAAGUUGAAACCAGAACAGCCCGACAAGAUGGAUCAGGAAACAGAGUCCAGACUCAGCCCAGAACUCCCCUCUGACCCUGCAGCUGCCCCUCAGUCCCAAGAAAGCACUUCAACAGGGAAAAAGAAGCGAGCACCCAGAAUCAAACUCAACCCAGGAGAACGGCGGAAAAGGGGCAAAGGCCUUCUAAAUAAUUUCCUGUCGAAAAAGCGAUUGAACAGCACCGUUUCUUCCAAAGAAAUGCUUCAUCCACAGGAUCCCACCACUUCUGCACCAGAUAUUCAAGCUGAAUCAGUCGUACCUCAGAAGAAAAAGAGGAGACCCAGACAGGCCCAGUCCCCCACUAAGACCGUGAGGAGAAGGAAAAAAACGGCAACAGACGACACUUCUUCUGGCCCCGUGAAGAAAAGGAAAUCAAAGCUGGUUUCUUCGACAGGCGAUCUUUUGGAACCAAUCUCACUUCCAGUUUCAGUUCCAGUUAAGAGGCAGCGAAAGAAGACGACUAAAAGGCCACCAACAGACGCUGCAGCAGACAAGGUUCAGCAGCCCAGAAAGAGACAUAAAACAAUCAAAGAUGCUGAAAAACAGGCCUCGACUUCAGAGGGAACAGAAAAAAAGCGGAGAAGGAAGAAAACUGAAAAAGACGUAACAGAACCCAAGAAGAGGCGAAAGACAAAAGCUCUCCUCACCGAAGACCAAGACGCAGAGAAACCAAAGCGUAGGAGGAAAAGGAAGCAGGAUGGAGAGAACCAGGCCACGCCCUCCAAGGCGAAGAGGAGGCGGACCUCGCCGUGUUCUGAUCCCGAGGGCUCGGGCAGUGAAGGACGUCCUGAGUCUCCAAGCGACAGCUUAGAUGGGACAAAGAAGGGCGAGCGUAAGAAAGAGUUUGUCUGCCAGAUGUGUGAGCAGGCUGGUGAGGACCUGGUGCCCUGUGAAGGCCAAUGUUGUGGGAUGUUUCACCUCCACUGUCUGGGUCUGUCACUCAAACCUGACGAGAAGCUGCUGUGUCAGGAGUGCAGCACAGGAAUUCACUCGUGUUUUCACUGUAAGCAGUCGGAUGGCUCGGUGCGUCGCUGCCACGUCCAACACUGUGGCAAGUUUUAUCACGAGGCGUGCAUUCGCCUCAACCCUCUCACUGUGUUCGACAACAAGGGCUUCCGCUGUCCGCUCCACGCCUGCCUGAGCUGCCACUACGGCUGCCGCACCAAGCAGAAGUCCACCAAAGGCAGGUUGAUGCGUUGCCUGCGCUGCCCUGUCGCGUACCACAUCGGCGACCUGUGUGUGGCUGCGGGCAGUGAGAUGAUCACCAACACCGCCAUCAUCUGCACCAACCACUUCAACGCCAAGAAGGGCUACAGCCACCACAGCCACGUCAACGUCAGCUGGUGCUUCGUCUGCUCCAAAGGAGGACGACUGCUGUGCUGCGAGUCUUGUCCUGCAGCUUUUCACCCCGACUGCCUUAACAUCGCAAUGCCUGAUGGGAGCUGGUUUUGCAACGACUGCCGGGCCGGAAAGAAGCCCAAAUACAGAGACAUCAUCUGGGUCAAACUGGGAACAUACAGAUGGUGGCCUGCAGAGAUCCACCAUCCCAGAAACAUCCCCACCAACAUCCAGCACCUUCGCCACGAAAUCGGAGAGUUCCCCGUCUUCUUCUUCGGCUCUAAGGAUUACUUCUGGACCCACCAGGGCCGAGUGUUUCCAUACAUGGAGGGAGACCGGGGCAGCAAGCACCAGAGGACCGGCAUCGGCAAAGUCUUCAAGAAUGCUCUGUUGGAGGCUGAAGCUCGAUUCAAGGAGAUAAAAAUGAAACGAGAGGCCAAGGAAGCACAAGAAAACAGCCGAAAGCCGCCCCCGUAUAAAUUUAUCAAGGUCAAUAAGCCCUUUGGGAGGGUUCAGGUCUACACUGCAGACAUCUCUGAGAUCCCGAAGUGUAACUGCAAGCCGACGGACGAGAGGCCGUGCGGGUUUGAGUCGGAGUGUCUGAACCGAAUGCUGCAGUACGAGUGCCACCCUCAGGUGUGUCCCAACGGCGAGCGCUGCUGUAACCAGGACUUCACCAAACGUCUGUACCCAGAGACCAAGAUCAUCAAGACGCCCGGAAAAGGCUGGGGCCUCAUCUCUCUGCGGGACAUCAAGAAGGGCGAGUUUGUGAACGAGUACAUCGGAGAGCUGAUAGACGAAGAGGAGUGCAGGGCGAGGAUCAAGUACGCCCAGGAGAACAACAUCACCGAUUUCUACAUGCUCACAAUCGACAAGGACCGGAUCAUCGACGCUGGUCCGAAGGGAAACUACUCUCGCUUCAUGAACCACAGCUGUCAGCCUAACUGUGAGACGCAGAAGUGGACGGUGAACGGAGACACUCGAGUCGGCCUGUUCGCCGUGUGUGACAUCCCUGCAGGGACUGAGCUCACCUUUAACUACAACCUGGACUGCCUCGGGAAUGAAAAAACCGUCUGUCGCUGCGGUGCUCCAAACUGCAGCGGGUUUCUCGGUGAUCGGCCGAAGAACUCAAACGGCCAAACAGCCGAGCCAAAAGGGAAAAGGUUGAAGAGAAAGUAUAAAAAGAGGAAAACUGAGGGAAAGAAAAAGUCGGAUGAUGACUGUUUCCGCUGCGGGGACGGAGGGCAGCUGGUGCUCUGUGGAAAGAAAACCUGCACCAAAGCUUAUCACCUGUCCUGCCUGAACCUCACCAAGAGACCCUUCGGCCGCUGGGACUGCCCCUGGCACCACUGUGACGUCUGCGGGAAAAACUCAGAGGCUUUCUGCCAGCUCUGCCCCAACUCCUUCUGCAAGGCUCACCAGGAGGGGGCGCUGCGUCUCUGGCCCCCCACUGGACAGCUGUGCUGUCUGGAGCACGAGGAGCUGGAUCAGGACGUCAACUUGGAGACAAACGCGGCGAUGAUGACCGCCACUACUGCGGCCAUCGGUGGCCGUCCGCCUAAAGGCUUGAGGAAGGCGGUGGGAGCCGGGGCCAAAACAAAAGGCUCCAAGAGGAAAGCAGCAGAGGCCUGAAAGUGACCUUUGACCCCUCAGAGAGCCAAAAGACCAAACCAGACUCUGACACCUGCUUCCCCGUUCAUGAACAAAUCUAAACCCCACAUUAUGUCUCCAAGAUCACAAAAAUCAAAGCACUGUACAUCCUCAUCAGGGAAAGCCGCUGAUCUCUCACAUGCUCGCCGCUCAAACGUUUCUUAUUUUUAAACAUUUUCAGGUCUUUUUUUUAUUUUUUAUUUUUUUAACUUGUCUGCACUGAGGCGAACCAUCUGUGGUAAAGCACAAAGCAGCAGAGCAAGCGCAGGUCAGGAAGCUUCUGCUGGUGGAUUUCAACUCGUUCUUCCACCAAACAAACAGCCUUUGAAUUUUUUUGUUUUGUCUUUUAAUUUUAGAAUAACAAAAGAAACCAGCUGGUUUCUGCAGAAAAGAAACUGAAGUAAACCUGAGCAGCAGCGUCACCGUCUGCUAACUUGAAUCUCUCUCAGCCCCCCGUCACUCAACACAGAUGAUCUUGAACAUCAGAGUUUUAUAGCUAUAUCUAUAUAUGUUUAUAUCAAAGACCAAAAUUAUGAUUACUGGAGUAGUGUGAAACAUCAAACAGGUUGCCAAAUGGAUUGCUUUUAUUUUUAUAUAUAGUAUAUAUAUGCCAGAUGUAAUAUGGAAACACCAAGACACUAUGGAUAGGCCUCAGACGACCUCUUUACUUCUGUUGUAGCCAUAGGUUACAUUUAACUUUAGACGUUCAUUUGCUGUUUUACAACCUGUUAUUUUGUUUUAGCUCAGUUUAGAUUCAAGUAAAUUUUUUUUCUUUUUCUUGGGUAUCAGGAUGCUGAACGAUGGCGCCACAAACCAUUUAUCUACCUGCCUGUCCAGAGAGCGAGCGGUUACGGAAAGUAUUAAGCAGAGAGCGCUCUUAAACUGCCGUCUGACUUAAAAACACUACUGGGAGGUUUAUAGGUCUUUAAUGCUCGGUGCUAAACCAGAUAAAUGAAGGAAUAAGUGCGAUUUUCUGGACGUUUUUUCUACGUUUUCAGUCCUAACCUUAAAAAUGCUGUUUUUAUUUUAGUAUCUGAAAUUUGAGGUGCAAAGAUUUUUAUGUUUAAAUAAUGCACAUCAUGCUGAUUCACACUUUUAAGGGCCUUUCAGUAUCAGCCUGCUGGAUUUUUUUUACUGACAACAAACUCCGUAAACUUGAGUAGUUCAUCUGUAGCUGAGGUUUUAAAGACUCAUCUCGGCCGUUUUAAUCCUCAGGAGGUUUUUAGUCUCAAACUGCAUCCUGCUUGUUGUUUAACACGUUGUAACAGUACACUGGCUAACGUCUUGUGACUCCCAUUUUGGUUGAUUUUUCAUAUUUGUACUUGACAUGAAGCAACACAAGGAGGGUAAACAAAACUGCAGAGUAUGGUGGCCAAUUUAGGACUCUUUAAUGACCCUCAGUGGUCUUUGAGCUCCAGCUGCACUUCUUAAACCUCUGUCGUACUUCCACUACCUGCAUUGCAAAUGCUGCCUUCAUUUAGAGUCGCAGUUACUAUAAUUAGCAGUUUUCGACUCCGAUAAAUAGCAUUUACAUCAUCUGUUAUUCAAAAGCAAACAUUAUUUAAAGGUUUUCACUUUAACUUUUUGGGUCAAUGUAAGAAAUACGCAUUAUUAUGUUAUUGAUACAGAUGUGAAUUCUCUUUACAACCAGCACAUCCUGUACAUUUGAAGGUUCUGAGCCUGAAGUCUGUUAAGCCCCGUAUCCACCAAAGUGUUUUUUCGGAGGCUAGUUUUUUUUUUAUUUUAAAGCUUUGCAGUGGUAGCGCUGCAUAAUUCACGCUGAUCUACAAACACCAGCAGCACAACGAGCUGCUCCAUGUCUAUUCUGCUGCUGUUCUUUCUUCUUUUUUUUUCUUCAUCAGAGCACCGAGAUUUGAAAAUUACGUAACUUUUGUUUCAAACACUGCGCUCUUCAGUCACUUCAGUCAUACAGUCCUAAUGGAGGAGCAAACUCUACCCUGUCGACAUGUUAACUUCUGAGGAUGUCCCGCAUCAUAGCAACCAGACGCAAUCAAAAUUUCUCUUUUGAACAAACACUUGAAACGCUCCCAGCUGGGUGUUUCCUGAGGACUGCAUGGCGGUUUCAGCUUAAAAAAAAAAACAUACGCUUUGGUGGACAUGGGGCUUUAGACUGGAGCCAAGUCUAAACCUGCAGAGCUGAGACUUACAAAGUGAGUCUGAAAUGUCCAGAAAUGGCCACCAUAGAGAGGACAAGUCCUCCCCUACCAGUGUCCCCCAUGGGACCUUGAUAUGACAUUGAAACCAUAUGAUUUUUGUCAAAUUUAAAGAUCGUUUUUGCAAGUCAAGAAAGUCCAAGUUUGUUGUAGUAUCAUUUUUCUAAUUGUGUAUUUUCACAGACUUAAACUACAGCAGUUUUAUGACUUUUUUUUUUUAAUUGACAAACAUCAUAUGUGUAAUUCAUGGCACAACUCAAAAAGAAAAUUAUUUGGGGGACACAAAAACUGGCCCUUCUUUACCAGGUUAGCUGUGGUUAUUGUCUGAAAUUUCAUCUUUAAAGUCUCCGUUAACACAGUGUUUUGAAGAAUUGGUGUCAUCAGUCCCUCUCUUGGAUUGACUGAGGUUUUUGGGUUUUUUUCAGCACACUGAAAACAGUUCUUUGCCUUUAGAUUUAACAUGACAUUCAUAAAACUGUUAAUCGUCUUACCGUCUGAAUCUCUUCUAACAGAAGGCCGUUCUAUCAUAAAGCCACUAUUUGUGCUUCUUUUCUCCUCAAAAACAUCUCCAAAAAACACUUUUGAGUUGUACAACACAACAGGAGGCCUUUUUUUUUUUUUUAACAACCCCUUUUUUUUUUUUUUUUUUUUUUUUAGUUUUCAUUUUUCCCCAGAGUGUAUGAAUGAGACAUGUCAGAUGCAGCAAGUCUUGUAUGAGUAUUUUUGACUUUGUAUGUAUCCUAACUUUGACGUUGUGUUGAGUGAAUGUAGUCCAGCCAGUUAUUUUUGUAAGCACUGUAAUUCCCUGUAGAGCUGAAGUGUAAUGUGUGCGUAGGGGUUUCAUUCUGUAACUACUGUCAUAGUAAACCAGAGACUAAUAUGUACAUAAUGUAUAAGUGGUAAUAGUGAUGCAUCUAUUGUAAAUAUCAUACAAUUUCUCUGACAUUGUAUGUUUUUUUUUUUUGUUUGUUUGUUUUUUUCUUGAUGCAGUGCUGAAACACUUUUGCGCAGGAUCUCACAUCUGUUGAAUCGUGCAAUAAAAAGUGACCAAAUAUG